AUGUAUUUGACUGACUACGAAUGGUACUACAUGCCUAGCAGCGUGCAUAAAAUAUUGAUGCAUGGGUGCGAGGUUAUUGAGUAUUUCGAUCUACCAAUUGGCAAUUUUUCAGAGGAAGCUCUGGAAGCUUUACAUAAACACAUACGUAUCGUACGAUAUGAUCAUACACGUAAAACUGCUCGGGAGCAUACAAACAGAGACUUGAUGUCAUACUUAACAAUAUCAUCAGAUCCUGAAGUAGUUUUUAAAAGGAGUGCUAUCCCAAACAAAAAUGCAGUUUAUACAAUGGACGAGCUGGAAGAGUAUUUAGUCGAUGCUGAAGAAACUUAAAAGUAAUAAGUACCCUUCAGUCAACUCAAU